CUCUGUUCUGAAAAAACUUUUCCGUUAAAAGCAUUUCCGGAAAAUCAUGCCAAUCUAGACACAGCCUGACUGUAUAGGGUAAGAUUUCAGAGUUUGGGUGAGCUGAAUGCAGUGUGGGAGUGGAAAACAUUUUCCCUGUCUUGGGACUGCUGAGCAUAGCCAUCUCCAGGGAUAAGUUAGAAGAGUCCUGUUUUGGCUGUUUUAACACUGGCUGCUAAUAGUUUUGAAAGGGUGAAAUUUUAACCAGAGAUCACCACUGUGUUCACAAACUAUGCCAAGGGAGGGGAAGAGAAAGGAGGAGGAGCAUCUAUUCUACCAAAGGAUUUUCCCUCAGUUUCGAUAAGAUAACUUUUAUUAUUAGAUUCCACUGGUGGUGCAAUAACUUUACUAAGUUAUUCUUUGAUAGUUUUCAUUCUUACUGAUAGUCUGAAAAUCUUGCUUUCUGUAUCCUGCAAUGCAUUUUGAAAAUGAAUUUCUUCUAUCUGCAGUAAUGCUGCUGACAAGUCAUAUUCUCAACUUAAUGUGUAAUUGUGAAAAAAAUAGUUAAGGGAUGAUUGUAUCUCUUUCUUUCAUUUUGCCAGUUUAUAAAAUGUGUGCCCUUGAUUCAUGGGAUCUGUAUUGUGUUUUUUUUUUUUUUGCCAGCGCUAACUUCUUAUAUGAGAAUCUUUAUUCACACAGAAUCAUGUUUAUAUAAGACACCGAAGAGAUCAUUAAAUAGCAGAUCAAGGUUAUCAACCUUCAGUUCUCCAGCCAAUGAUGCUGAUAUACAGCAAGAAAUUUUUUGGGAUCCUCAUUCGCCAAUUACACACAAACUAGGUAAUGAAAGAAAGAAACAAGCCAUCAGUAGCUGUACAGUUGACAUUUCAGAUAUUGUUAAUCGUAUUGCUCCGCAGGAUGAAAAACCAGGCUGUUGUGAGGGAUCUCUUCUAGGGAUGUGGAUUGGUGAAGAUGCUAUUCCUUGUACACCUGGGAUAGUAAAAGUGCGAACUAGAACAAAAUUAAAUGGUACAAGAGAUAAUAAAGCAAAAAAUACUGAAGAGGAACUGAUGAAGUUGGCUAAACAAUUUGAUAAAAACCUGAUUCAGCCAGAUUUAGUCCAGGAGCAGGACGAUCGAUGUGAUGGUUUUAUGCAGACUAUUUCAGAGGCAGAGACUGAAAAUAAUUAUAAAGAUGGUGCACAGCUGAAAAAUCUGCAGUCAUUCCUUGAUGAAAAUUCUGAAAAAGAUACUGUUCUGUCCUUGGAGCCUGGUCAAACUAGCAGCCAGAAGUCUUUAGACCUUGAGGCAGAAGUGGCCCUUAAUGCCCUUUUUGAUUGCUCUACCCAGAAAUGUAGUGGACAGUUGAGCCAAGACCUAUCAGCUAUUUCCUUAAAUAAUAGCUUCCAUGAAAAUGGAAGUCCCUUGGUAGAGAAGAAACAUACUUUUAAGGAAAGUACAGUAACAAAGCAGCACAUUGCUAAAGAGAGAUGUCAGAAGCAAGGUUCAACAUGUGCAUUAGAAAUUAUGACUCAGAUUGCAGCUCCGGAAACUAAGAAUAUUCUUGUGCUGCCAAAACAAAGUUUGACAUCCUCUAAGACAGAAUCAUUGAUUUCCAGAAAGCCUGCAGAAGUAGCUCAUGAUGAUUUUGAUAAUUGGGAUAUUGAUAUUUUGGCAGAUGAUUCCUUUGUAAUGGAGAUUACCCAAAACCCUGAACUGAUUAGUACUCCUGAAAAAGCCUUACCAGCUCUGAAAAAGCCAAACACACACGCUCUCAGUGGCUUUAGUAAAACUAAGGAACAGACAAACACUUCUAAUUCUGUAAUUGGUGUAAGUUUUUCAUCCAAACCCCAAAGUAUUGAAUAUGCACCUCUGAAACAAAAUAGUAAAACCAUACAAGAUGCUGCAGAAUCUCUUUCUUUCCAGAAACCAAAUAAUGAGAUGGGAAAUUCAAAGAUACAAACUGUUUUUUUACAUAAUGAGCAUGUUGUUAAAACUGGUAAGAUAAAUUCCACUUGGAAAAUAGACCAAAACAAAGUUUCAGACUCUACUUCUCUUAUUCCAGUGAAAUCUGAUAUUAAGACUGGCAAGGAACAAAUACAGCUUAAAUGUGGUCCCAUGAAUUUUCCUGUAAAAGCAUCCUCCUCUGCCUUGGUACACUAUAAUCCUCAUAGAACACACACUGAAAAAUAUGGAAAUAACAAAUCGAGUAUUUUCCCUCUGUCAUCCAUUUCUACUAAUGCUAAGCCCAAUGAUCAAUUGAAGGUGAUGACCUGUACUGGUGUGAGUAACCUAAACCAAGCUGAAAUGCCAAAGAAAUGUCCUGUGUCAUUUAAUGAUUGGAAUGAGCCUAAGUUUCCUGAUGAAGUUUUAGAUAUGUUUUGUGAAUCUGAUAGUCUUUGGGACACAAACUGUGAAGAUGAUGAUUUGUUGUAUCAGGUGUGUGAUGAUAUAGAAAAACAGACUCAGAACCAAGGCAUUAAACAAGAAAAUGAAAUGGCAGUAAUAAAAGGAGCCAGUGUUACUUCCAAAUCCGAUUCUGAUGAUCGCUUCACAGCAUCUGAACAAGGACUGUUCAAUCACCCAUUGGCACAAAAAAUCAAUGCUAACCAGGACACCAUUUUGAUGGGAAGACUUUGUACAAAUUCCUCAAAGGUUACCGAUGGAUUAACUACAUUUGGAAAUAUAGUAGUGAACUGUAUAAAUUCUGCAAAUCCUAUAGCUGUAAUGGCAAGUGUUCCUACACAGCACAGGUAUACCCAUUCCCAAAACUGUAAUAAAACUGCUUCUGUAAAUACUGCAAAGAGUGUUCCAGGAAAAUGGUAUCGGUCUAAUUCUGUGCCUGCAGGAAGUCUCAGUUCUGGAAUUGGUCCAGUUAACAUAACAAAUCCAUGUAUGAGUGCAUUUAACAGUAAAGUGUUAUGCAACCGAGAUCUUUCACACAACACAGGAAAGGUACAAAAUAAUAAUUGUAUGAUAAAUAGGUCAGUUGUGCCUUCAAAGUUUUCAUUUAAAAAGAUUAACAAUUCCCAGGUUGCUGUUCAUGUAGAUCCUGAAAGUAUACGUAUAGGAGGCACUUCUGGAAACAGUGUUACUCAGCAGAGUCUGGAAGUAAGCAAGAAUCAAUUGAAUGUCCCUUUGCAUGGGAAGAUUGAAAUUAAUCAGAAGCUACCUUUUAAGAGGCACCUUUCAGACUGUCUGGCAGAUUCUACAACAGCAUUUGUGGUGGAACAGAAAAACAGAAAAUGUUCUCAAGAAGAAAUUGAAAGGAAAAAACAAGAAGCUCUUGCUCGAAGAAAAUCCAGAAUGCAGGCAUUUCUGAAAGAUACUUGAAUUUGGUUUGGAUUUUUUUAGCAUUUUAAUUAGCUGGGUAGGAAAAUUAUUGUAAUAAAGACUGAGCCAUUUUUUAAAAUUCUGUCUGAUAUGCCUCAUUUUGGUCUUUACUUGACUUCUGUAUGAGAAACUAAUGCUGCACUAUACAUUAAAUUUAUUAAAUUAUGAAAAUAGUUUACAUUUGUAAACAAUUUUCUCUAAGUAGCUUAACAGCCAUCGCAAUCAAGUUCAAUGUUGUGUACACACUAGUGGUAUCAAGUGUUGCAAUUCUGAGGUUUUGAAAUUCAUAUGAACCAUAUUUAAAGUAUUCAAAAAAAAAAGGAUAGCAUAAAAUUAAUUCACAGGCUUCUAUGUCUAUUUUUUCCUCAAUUAGAAAGAAUUUAAAAAAAGUAGGCUCAGAUGUUGAUGUGUGCAUUGAUUAUAUCAUUGUGGUUCUCAAACUGGUUUUGGUUAGCUUGAAACUAACCCAUAGAGAUGAGCCUAAAAAUUUAGCUUUCAAAUGAUGAAGUUAGAGCUUGCUGAUUAGAACAAGUUCAGCCAUCAGAAAAUUAGUGGAAAUGCACAUGACCUGAAGAGUACAUUGUCAAUCUCCUUUUUUUUUUAAUGGUGGAAUAGUAUCUUAGUGGUAAAGAAAAAAAUUAAUUCAGCAGCUUGCUAAUCAGUAAAAUUGAGAUGAUGUACUAUAAAAACAGACUUUUUUUAUUCCUAGCAAUAAGCGUAGGAUGUAUUUUUUUUUUCCUGGUUACCAUUUCAAGUUCUUGGCUACGCCAUGGAUUUUUCAAAAACAAGUAUUACAUGAUUAAUUAAGAUGUAGCUAAUGCCACUUUGCUGAACCAUCACCAAAUUGUAGACAAAAUAGAAUAUACUGAGGCAGAUCCUCAAAUGGCAUGAAUGGGAACAACACGUUGACCUCAUUGGAAUUACAGGUGGGGUUUGAGGUUUGUGGUGGUUGUUUUUAAUGAUCUGGCCUGUUGUCUCUUUUGCAGUUAUUACUUUAUUUGGUUAAAUAUGAUUUACAUUAAAUACAUAAUGCAGAAAAUUGUACUAUAGCUGCUUUCAUCUGUUCACUAUUAAAAUGCCUGAAACUUCUCAACUAUUUUUAGUUUGAGAGAGAUUUUGGUGUAACCCUUGGUCAGUGAAGCUCUUAAACAUAAUGUAUCAAAUGCUAUAUUCUUUAUAUUCUUCCUAAUUUGACCUGAUGACCUUGACUGUGAAAUUUUGAAGCUCUGUUUCAACAGUGAUACAUGGAGAACUAGUUCAAGUUGUAAAAUUACUUGUGAUUAAGCUGGUAGGCAUUUCACAGCAGACCACUGCUUUCCGUUUAAAAUGUUUUAGUAUCAUAAGUGAUACUAUAAACAUUAUUUGGUUAUCUGGUUUUGUUAAUAACUUGCUGAGUGCUGCUAAAGGGUCACAAAAUCUUUAUCUCCUGUACACUGUGUUUUUGGUUUGUAAAACUUACAAAUGUAAAUAUUGUAUAUUUGUGAACCAUUAUUAAACU